GGAAGUUAGUGAAUCGUAGUUUUGUAAAUAAAGGAAAGCCAUUUGAGAAGUACUAACUAUUUCCCCCUUUUCCACACGGUGUGCGAAAUCAUAUAUUCUCGACUGCCCUUUCUGUUAGUAGUCGCCAAUGCAUCCUCAUCUCGAUAUCAAUAAUCAAAAGCGAUGUGCGCAUCUUAUAUUGGCACUAGAAGAAUGUCAUAGACAUUAUGGAAAAUUUUUAGGAGAAUGCAACUCAAUCAAAUACAGCUUGAAAGAGUGUUUGAAUCAAGAUAGAAACGAGAAAGCAAAAGUCAAUCGAGAAAAAGCACUCCAACAGAAAGCAUCUUCUAGGGAGUAUCGCCGAAGAAUGGAAGAACAGGAGGCAGAAAAAAUACAAGAGUUGCUUAGAAGCCGAAGUAAAUCUUCUUCCGAUUAACGUAUUUGAUUAUUCUAUUGCAAGCACAAGUACCAGAAUUAAAAAUAGAAAUAGUUACUUACUAGAACCGAUUUAAAGCAAAUUUAACAAUGAAGUUAUUAGGUCUUAAUGCUUGGUUUCGAUUGUGCAAGCGACAUUAUCUUCAUUGCGUUACUGAGGUCUAAUCGUGAACCGGCUCUUGUUCCUUCAGAUCUUUGUGGGAUUUGUGAAAGCGUUUCAUUUUAAAGAGCUUUGUGAAAGAAUUCUUAUUUCCAAUCUUCAAUCUUGCACCCAAUCUGCCAUCGGAAGAGGAUGAUGGAGUUUCUGACGAAUUUGGAUCUUGCUCGGUUUCAGGAAGUAGCGGCCCUAUAACUCGACUAGUGUAACUGUUUAGUUGCCUUUGUAGUUGCUCUACACUAGAUUUUCCAAAUGUUUGAUAGACUCCCAAGUAUGGUCGUUUGUUCUUGCCUUUUCCUAACGCUUGCACAUAGAUUCCAACUUCGAUGAGCUCUUUUAAGCAACUUUGGAAUCUCUCUACAAGGACGCUUGCUUCAUUUUCAUAUUCAUCCAAAUCUUCUUGUCCCUCCGAGUCUUUCAUCUCUAUCGCUUCACGAACCUGAUAAUUUGCAAUCCUUAGUCCAUCAACUGCGCAUGAUAACACUGAAUAGAAUUGACGGAAUUUCUCAUUCUCUUCUUCCUCUGUUACUGCUUUAAAAACUCUAAGUGUAUCUUGGUGAUUAAAUCCUUCUCCCUUAGCUGAGCCGAUUGGAAUCUUCCCUUGGCUUUCCAGGAAUUCAUGUAUAGAAUCUAAUACCAUAACAAACACUGCAGAUACUAGAAUGCUACUUUCUUUGCACCAUCCGUAUUGGUUUUCGAUCAACUUAUAGUGAUUAUCAUCUACACUUUCUUCAGGUAUACUCUUGCAGUACUGUUCCUGUCUUUGAGUUAACAUCCUGCUGGUUAGCUUCAUAAUUCCCUAUUUCCGUCUUUUGCAUACGUAAAAAUGUGUUCUAUAUCCAAAUAAUUUGAAAAAUCAUUUUGGUCUUCUUUAAUCGAACCAAUCUCUGAGUUUUGAAUGCUCGACAUAUUUGCUCUAGGAUGUUUCUUGUUGCCUUGAAUUGGGUUAUUUAUUUUUGUUUAGAUUGACAGUCUUUCCGGAUAAACAAAAGACCACAUUGUUUGGAUUACCCACGUAACCCUCGUUCAUCCCUUUUUUUUUCAAAACAUAAACAAAAAUAAUUUUGUUUACCAAUAUCAUGAUUAUUUUUUUUUUGUACAAGAUCCAAUGAAAGAAUAAGUUUUAAAAAUUAAUCUUAUGUGUGUUUCUUU